CGGGGCCGCGGGCCGGGCGGGCGCAGCGCGGCGGAGGCCGGAGGAGCCGAGCCGGAGCCCCAGCCAAAGCGCGGCCGCCGCCUGCCGGGCCUCCCCGCGCCGCGGCCGGCCGCCGCGCUCCCGCCCGGGCGCCCAGCUAUGUAUUCCCCGUACUGCCUCACCCAGGAUGAGUUCCACCCGUUCAUCGAGGCUCUGCUGCCUCACGUCCGAGCCUUCUCCUACACCUGGUUCAACCUGCAGGCGCGGAAGCGCAAGUACUUCAAGAAGCACGAGAAGCGGAUGUCGAAGGACGAGGAGCGGGCGGUGAAGGAUGAGCUGCUGGGUGAGAAGCCCGAGAUCAAGCAGAAGUGGGCAUCCCGGCUGCUGGCCAAGCUGCGCAAAGACAUCCGGCCCGAGUUCCGAGAGGACUUCGUGCUGACCAUCACGGGCAAGAAGCCCCCCUGCUGCGUGCUUUCCAACCCCGACCAGAAGGGCAAGAUCCGGCGGAUUGACUGCCUGCGCCAGGCCGACAAGGUGUGGCGGCUGGACCUGGUCAUGGUGAUUUUGUUUAAGGGGAUCCCCCUGGAAAGUACUGAUGGGGAGCGGCUCUACAAGUCGCCCCAGUGCUCGAACCCCGGCCUGUGCGUCCAGCCACAUCACAUUGGAGUCACAAUCAAAGAACUGGAUCUUUAUCUGGCUUACUUUGUCCACACUCCGGAAUCCGGACAAUCAGAUAGUUCAAACCAGCAAGGAGAUGCGGACAUCAAACCACUGCCCAACGGGCACUUAAGUUUCCAGGACUGUUUUGUGACUUCCGGGGUCUGGAAUGUGACGGAGCUGGUGAGAGUAUCACAGACUCCUGUUGCAACAGCAUCAGGGCCCAACUUCUCGCUGGCAGACCUGGAGAGUCCCAGCUACUACAACAUAAACCAAGUGACCCUGGGACGGCGGUCCAUCACCUCCCCUCCUUCCACCAGCACCACCAAGCGCCCCAAGUCCAUUGAUGACAGCGAGAUGGAGAGCCCUGUUGAUGACGUCUUCUAUCCUGGGACAGGCCGCUCCCCAGCGGCUGGCAGCAGCCAGUCCAGUGGGUGGCCCAACGAUGUGGAUGCAGGCCCGGCUUCUCUAAAGAAGUCAGGAAAGCUGGACUUCUGCAGUGCCCUCUCCUCUCAGGGCGGCUCCCCACGCAUGGCUUUCACUCACCACCCGCUGCCUGUGCUUGCUGGAGUCAGACCAGGGAGCCCUCGGGCCACCGCGUCAGCACUGCAUUUCCCCUCCACAUCCAUCAUCCAGCAGUCAAGCCCGUACUUCACGCACCCGACCAUCCGCUACCACCACCACCACGGGCAGGACUCGCUGAAGGAGUUUGUGCAGUUUGUGUGCUCGGACGGCUCCGGCCAGGCCACCGGACAGCCCAACGGUAGCGGCCAGGGCAAAGUCCCGGGGUCAUUUUUGCUACCGCCGCCGCCUCCAGUGGCCAGACCUGUGCCCCUUCCUAUGCCUGAUUCCAAAUCCACCAGCACUGCCCCAGACGGCGCCGCCUUGACUCCUCCAUCACCUUCAUUCGCAACGACAGGCGCCUCCUCUGCCAACCGGUUUGUCAGCAUCGGACCCCGGGACGGCAACUUUCUGAAUAUCCCACAGCAGUCUCAGCCCAGGGACCCCUGUAGGCCCCCAGAAGCAGCCCAGUUCUCGGAGAGCCCUCAGAAGAGGUCUCGGUGGAGCUGUGCACCAGCAGCCAAGCAGAAAGAAGCAUGCAAAACGGAUUCUUGUCAAGUAGAGGACAGAAAGAAAGGAUGCAGAACUGCCUUCCUCCCAUCCCAUUCAGGCCUCGUGGGGAAGGAGCACAAUCCCCAGACAGAGCAACCAGCACAGUUCUGAAGGGGCCUGUCCCCCACCCUCACCCUUCCUAAGGGAACCCCACCCCACCCCCACCCAGACUUGGGCAGAGCUUCCCUAAGGGAGCUGGAAGGCCCAGCUUAUAAAGAUGGUGGGGGGUGGAUCUCUGGGGCGCUCCCUCCAGGCUCCACCUCUCCCUCCCUGUCUGCCCCCUCAUAGCCUUCUCCUUUGGCUUCUCCCCCAGCUGCUCUGGACUAGGCCAGACGGUGGCCUCCAUGUCCCCCAGACCUGGGGGGCAGGGGGCAUCCUUGGAGCUAGUUUUACUCUCCUGGAGUGGAGGGUGUUCAGCCACCCAACCCUGAGCUGCGGGGACGUUUCCAGGGUCCCAGGCCCCUCUGUAGAGUCCAUAGGAAAGAGUCACAAUGCUUUCCCAGCCUAGGACAGGCCCCCUCUUCCCUCAUUCUGCAGGUCCGGAGGGUCACCCUCCUGCCCUACCACAAGUGAGGGAGGUGGGCCCCAGAUUGCCCCCACACCCUGCCCUGCAUGCCAGUGCCCUCGCUCCGCCCCAUCAGUCCCUACCCCUGCCCCUCAUGCAGACAGCCCUGCAGUGGCCGGGCCGGAGAGUGGAGCAGAAAGGGACCCGGGAGCCAAGCAAGGAGGCCGAGGCAGCUGCUGCCGCCUGGGCUCUGCCACCACCUGCGCUAGGUAGGCGCCCUGCCCGCCAACUUCCAGUUCCUGUGGAGGGUGCUGGGUGUCAUCCUUUUCCAAAAGUGUUUUGGAGCUUUCUCUGUCUGCCCCCCCUUCCUUACCACACUGCCCCAUGGCCACUUCUCUCUGGAUUUCAGCUGUAAUGUCUUUGCUGUUUAUUUAGGGGGUGGGGCUUUCGUUGUUUGGGUCUUUUGCUGUUGAAAUUGGGAUCUCCCCCUCCAUUUGAGCAACUUGGGAACAAUCUAGUAACACCACAGGAAGUAGCUCCCCCUAGCCCCCACCUCCCCCGGGGAUGGUUGGGGGCCAGACCAGAGGGUCUUCAGAAGCCUCCUGGGAGGGAGGGGAGCAAGAGCACGCAGCCCCCUCCAGGGUGUGACUUGGCCCCUCUGGCUUGUCUUUCUGUGCCUUACUCCCCUCAUCGCUUCGGUCCCCAGUCCUCGUGCCUCCUCUCUCUCUUCCCUUCUCAACUGUUUGAAUACACAAAGCACAGGUCAGGAUCCUCUGAAAGUCAAUCAACCCAACAUUGCACCAUAGGGGUGGGUUAUGGGCUUUAUUUAUUGUGAAUCUAGUAUUUGAGGCUGUGCCCUCGGAGGGGAGGAGAGGAGGGAGCCAGCUGGGGAGGGCAGGGCAGAAGGGCCCUUACCUGGGACAGAGGGGCACCCCAUCCCCAAGCUGGAAGCCACAAGGUGGCUGGCCCCAGGGUGGCUUUUGUUGGAAGUUGAGCGAAGCCCCUCCCCCAGCCGCGUGCUACACUCGGGGAGGUCCGGGACUGAGAAGCAGGGGACAGGGGAUCCCGGGGGAGCCUGGGGGGGGCGUGGGGUUGGGGGUGGGGGCCGGGUGGGCCGGGCGUGACGCGCGGUCAAAGUGCAAUGAUUUUUCAGUUUGGUUGGCUAAACAGGGUCAGAGCUGAAAGGGGAGCGUAAGGGACCCCCUGCCCGGCCGCACGCGCCCCUUCCCUCCAAGACAAUCGGGGCAGCGGGACGCCCGCCCCGGCGAGGUCGGAAGCUGCAGGCCAGCUGGGCCGGGGCGGGAACGCUUCCCGCGGGGCUGCCGGACGGGUGGGGGGUGAGGGCCGCUCCUUUCCCAAGUGUCGUUGUGAGAGGCAGGUGAGGGGCGACAAGGGCGACAGGAGAUGUGGGGACGUGUUAGAAGUGGAAAAAGACCCACAAAAAAUAUAUAUGGGGGAAAUGAAUUUUUUUUCAUUGAACCAAGUGCAAUGCAUCAGAGUUUUCCUAUCUUUGUAUGUUAAGAGAUUGUUAAAAAUUCUAUUUUUGUUGUAAUGUCCUCGCGGCUCUGGGGACGCUAAAAGAACCAGGCCUGCCCCGCCUUGCGCGGGAAUAACGAAAGCUGACUUUUUUCCUUUUUUUUUUCUCCACUUUUUUUUAAAGUCGUUUUCCUGCGUUGACGAGGAUGAUCUGGGGUUUUUAUUUGUUUCGUCGUUCGUUCUCGGUUUCGGUGGGAGGGCUGAAGGAAACGUUCAUAUUUUAGAGUUAAAAAAUAAAACAGCUCGACAUUUAAAAAACAAGAUCAAAAAGGAAAAGGACGAGAGAAAAUUAUUUUUAAGAUAAUUCAACAUAAAAACCCUGGUGCUUCUUACAUUAUAAAGUAUGUUAAAAAAAAACCCACAAACUAUUAUACAUAAGUUUAUGAAUCAAUUAAAUAUCCUGCACUUGUUAGGAACACGCAUAUCCCUUCUUUGUUGAGUUUAACGGAACGGGACAGCGGCGUGCGCCCGGCGGCUGGGCUGCUCUGGCCGCGGGUCUCCCCGGGCGACCCCUCCCCCGGCCCAGCGCUCCCUCCUCGCCCCACCCCCGUCCGGGCACCGGGGCGCGGCGGGGGCGUUCCCAGCCCCUCCCCUGCAGAGGUCAAUGCCAACGAAUAAAAGUCCCCUCCCUCCCUCUCCACCCCGAGCGCCCUUCUUUGAGCCAGAAGCCAACUUGACCCUCACCAGCAUUAAAAGGAGCGCGCUCAGCAAGUUGGUAGUUCCUCCCCCGCCUCCCCCAGUCACCGCCACCCCUCCCCGUCCCUGCCGCCGUCGCCCUCCGGGGAGCACGGGGAAGGAUCGACCCUCCAGGACAGGACCAGCCACGCUGACAGGUCGAUUCGCCCAGGCCCGCGCACGCACGCACGCACGCACACGGCCCCGCACACCCCACCCCGCCCUGCAACCAGCCCCGUUGACUGCCUUACACACCCGCCCCCGCGCUGGCCGGCCGACCUAGUGCCUUGUUCUCACCCCCGUGCUGGCGGAGCGGACGCCGCGCUCUGGGUCCCAGAGGGGCCGGGUGGCUCAGACGACCCACCACUUACCCACCCCGACCGUGCUGAACGGACCCCCCCACACACGAGAGAAAAUAAAGGAGCAAUAAAGUCACGAGAACUUUCGUCCCCCAAUCGAGAGCCCGAGGGGCAACCCAGCCCCGCCUCUGCUCCCCCACCCACCCUCGGGGCGCCCCUCCCCCUGCAAGCCAGCCUGGGCCAGCCCCGCUUCGGCCCCUCCCGGGAGAUCCGUGCGCCCGACCAGCACCAGCAUCGCGGACCGCAAAGGCCGCCCGUCCCGUCAAACAAGUUUCUUCUUAGGCUAAGAAACGCAGUAUAUACGAGUAUCUCUAUAUAUAGUACUAAUGGAUUUGGUGUGCUUCCCCCUUAGCGUCCCGUCCCUCCGCUCCUCCUCCUUCAGCCUGGUCUCCCCUCUCUCUGCCCUCCACCCCCGUCUCUGCACUGAGAUACAUAAGAAACAAGGGUAGUUUACUGUCUGUUUUGUUUUCUGGGUUUUCAGUGUCCUAGCGGAAUGCAAGUAGGCAGCCAGCCCGUUUGUUCCCUCUCCGCCCAGCCCCGCCCCGCCCCCGUCACUGCGCUUCUGUUAUACCAUCUUUGCCUGACUCUCUCCGGCUUCUCCAUUGAAUGGCUAAUGUGUAUGUGAAAUAAAGAAAUAAAGAAAAACAAAAGCAA